GCUGAGCUCAGCAGAAUCUCAACCCCGUCUGGACGAGGCCAACAGACAACAUAGCAACCAUCAUGAUACCCGCUAUGUUUCGUUGUACUCGUCCUUGGAUACGAUUGGGCUGUCUUGAUGUGAAACUCGUUCAAAAUCAUGAAGUAAACACGAACCAUCGAGUGAAGGGAUGCCCGAUUGCUGAACUUUCGGUAUUUUCUCGGCUUGUCAUGCCGAGCAAUGACCGACGAAUUCUAGAUCAGCCGAGAAGAUGGAUUGGGGUUUGGUAAUACCGAAUCAUGAAUUGAAAGCCUGGGAAGUCUGAGAUCUGCAUGGUCAUCUUAACCUUAAGUUGCGAACAUGAUCGAUGCUGCCGUGUACAGCACAUCCUGCGCGGUGCAGGACCCGGGUCUCCCUGUCCCGUUGAUAGCCUCUAACUGGCUACUAUUUCAGUGAAUGCCUCCGGGAAAUCCUCGUUGAGCCGCAACGGCAAUCCUCAACAUACCCUCAACGACAUCCAGUGACUCACUGGUUGGUUCUCAAGGGUGAUGCGUCAAUCAGAGGGGGGCGAUGCCUAGAAUCUGGGGGAGCCAGCGCCAGGACUACAAUCCUGGCAAUCGCUCUCAAUGCGUUGUGUGGGCACACUGAUGGGUGUUCCCCAAGCUCAAGGCUCUACUCGAAACCUAGGCC